UGCGCCUGCGCCCGGAGUUACAAGAUGGCGGACAGUGCGGAACUAAAGGGGGAUCUUGCUGGUGAUAUUGCAUGAGACCUUAGGAAGCACCCCCCCCCCCCACAAAUUAUGCAGUCUACAUAAUACUAAAGAUAAAAGACCAAUUAAAGGACUGCUGUCAACAUGAAAUCUAGUAAACUUAAACAAAACUCCAACUUAAGUAGUUGCAAGCAAAUGGUUAUGAGCCUUAGAGUUUCUGAGCUGCAAGUACUUCUGGGAUACGCGGGGAGGAACAAGCACGGACGCAAACACGAACUUCUCACAAAAGCACUGCAUUUGUUAAAAGCCGGCUGCAGCCCUGCUGUCCAAAUGAAAAUUAAAGAACUCUAUAGGCGGCGGUUCCCUCAGAAAAUCAUGACACCAGCAGACUUGUCUCUCCCCAGCGUACACUCAACUUCCAUGCCAGCAACUUUGUCUCCAUCUACCAUUCCACAGCUCACUUACGAUGGCCACCCUGCAACGUCACCAUUGCUUCCUGUUUCUCUUCUGGGACCUAAACAUGAACUGGAACUUCCCCACCUAACAUCUGCGCUCCACCCUGUCCAUCCAGACAUAAAGCUUCAGAAAUUACCUUUUUACGACUUGCUGGAUGAACUGAUAAAACCAACUAGUCUAGCAUCAGAUAAUAGCCAGCGAUUUCGAGAAACCUGUUUUGCAUUUGCAUUGACACCGCAGCAAGUGCAGCAAAUCAGCAGUUCAAUGGACAUUUCUGGGACCAAAUGUGACUUCACAGUACAGGUCCAGCUAAGGUUUUGUUUAUCAGAAACCAGUUGUCCACAAGAAGAUCACUUCCCACCCAAUCUGUGUGUGAAAGUAAAUGGGAAACCAUGUAGCCUUCCAGGCUAUCUUCCACCAACCAAAAAUGGUGUUGAACCAAAGCGACCUAGCCGACCAAUCAAUAUUACCUCACUUGUCAGAUUGUCUACAACGGUACCAAACACCAUCGUCGUUUCAUGGACUGCAGAAAUUGGAAGAAAUUACUCUAUGGCAGUUUAUCUUGUAAAACAGCUGUCUUCUACAGUUUUACUACAGAGGUUACGAGCAAAAGGAAUAAGGAAUCCUGAUCAUUCUAAAGCACUAAUAAAAGAGAAACUGACUGCAGACCCAGACAGUGAAAUAGCUACAACCAGUUUAAGAGUUUCUCUUCUCUGUCCACUUGGGAAAAUGCGGCUGACUAUCCCUUGUAGGGCCCUGACUUGUUCACAUCUGCAGUGUUUUGAUGCCACUCUGUACAUUCAAAUGAAUGAGAAGAAACCUACUUGGGUUUGUCCUGUUUGUGACAAGAAGGCUCCCUAUGAACACCUCAUUAUUGAUGGGUUGUUUAUGGAAAUCUUGAAGUACUGCACAGACUGCGAUGAAAUUCAGUUUAAGGAGGAUGGGUCAUGGGCUCCCAUGAGAUCAAAAAAGGAGGUUCAAGAAGUAACUGCUUCUUAUAAUGGAGUUGAUGGAUGCAUAAGUUCUUCUUUGGAUCAUCAGGUGUCUUCUCACCAUCAAUCAAAUAAAAAUAAGAAAGUAGAAGUGAUUGAUCUAACCAUAGACAGCUCCUCAGAUGAAGAGGAGGAAGAACCGUCUGCCAAGAGGAGUUGUCCUUCCAUUUCUCCUGCAUCACCACUGAAUAAUAAGGGCAUUUUAAACCUACCCCAUCAAGCAUCUCCAGUUUCAAGAACCCCAAGCCUUCCUGCUGUUGACACAAGUUACAUGAAUACAUCACUUAUUCAGGACUACAGGCAUCCAUUCCACAUGACACCUAUGCCUUAUGAUUUACAAGGAUUAGAUUUCUUCCCUUUCCUAUCAGGAGACAAUCAGCAUUACAACACUUCCCUUCUUGCCGCUGCAGCGGCGGCAGUUUCUGCAUCUGAUGAUCCAGAACUCUUGCACCCUCGUUUUUUCCCUUACGCUUCAUCCCAGAUGUUUCUUGAUCAGUUGAAUGCAGGAGGCAGCAGUACUCUCCCAGCCACUAAUGGUAGCAAUAGUGGCAGUAACAGCAGUCUUGUGUCCUCCAACAGCUUGCGAGAGAAUCAUGGCCAUCCAGUUGCAAAUCGAAGCAGCACAGACACGGCAUCGAUCUUUGGCAUACCAGACAUUAUUUCAUUGGACUAAUUCGUGGACUACAUGAACUUGUCAGAAAAAGAGAUCUUUGUGCUUGGUUUUAUCUUACUCUAUUUAGAAAUGUAGACAAGGUGUUUUUUUCC